AUCGAUCGCGGAUAAACAGUCUCACAGGGGAAGGAAGAAGGACGUGUGGUUGUAUCGCAAUUCCGGGCUUUUAUGUUGCAUCAGAACGCGUUUACACUUCACAGAUAAAACGAUUAAGACACCCCCUGCGUGAGUACCUGUCAAUCCGCGUUAAAACGCGUCUGAGGAGUUUUAACUCGUUUACUGAUGGACUGACAGACGGAUCAUCCUCAGACGACGCAAUCGGAUUUUAGUUCACAUUUUACCUCAUUCUCUCAAGUCAAAGCCUGUGUUUUCCCUCAGGAUGACUUCAAGUGGACAAUUAAGACAUGCAGAGCUGUGAACAGUGUUGACCGGCGGCGUCUGGACAAACAUGGAGCCUUGUGCCGAGUCUCAGGGAGAUCCUGAGAGAGCUCAGCAUCAUGCAGAGAGCAGAGAAAACCCUGUCACCCCAGCUGCCUUAAUGCCUGGUGAUGAUGCUGCGCUUCUGACCCCAGGAAGGAUGAGCCAGCGUGGGAAGGAGGCGGGGCUUCACACACCCAGUAAAGACCUGCUCACAAGCCCCUCCCUCAGCCCCGGCGUCAGCUACAGUCACGGUUUUGAUCGUGGCAAAGAGGAAACCCUGCCUCUGAAAGAAGACUCCUCACACUCCAUAUCCAAGAGCAAGUCAGAAACCAAGCUGUAUAAUGGCUCAGAUAAGGACAUAUCGGCGUCUGGAAACAAGCUUACUAAGAAGGAGUCUCUCAAGGUGCAAAAGAAGAACUACAGGGAAGAGAAGAAGCGUGCCACUAAAGAGCUGCUGAGCACCAUCACUGAUCCGUCUGUCAUCGUCAUGGCCGACUGGCUCAAGAUCCGCGGCACGCUGAAGAGCUGGACCAAGUUGUGGUGUGUGCUGAAGCCAGGCGUCCUGCUCAUCUAUAAAACCAAUAAAAACGGCCAGUGGGUCGGCACCGUCCUGCUCAACGCCUGCGAGCUCAUCGAGAGACCCUCCAAGAAGGACGGCUUCUGCUUCAAGCUCUUCCACCCGCUCGAGCAGUCCAUCUGGGCCGUCAAGGGUCCUAAAGGAGAAGCUGUGGGCUCCAUCACUCAGCCGUUACCCAGCAGCCACCUGAUCUUCAGAGCGGCUUCAGAGUCGGACGGCCGCUGCUGGAUGGACGCUCUUGAACUGGCUCUGAAAUGCUCGAGUUUGCUGAAGCGAACGAUGAUCCGAGAGGGAAAAGAGGAGAUGACGCAGACCGCAGAGCACUCGCAAAUCAACUUCUACAGUCUGCUGAGGGCACACAACAUGCAGGGCUUUCAGUUUAACGACAGCGACCAGUUUAAGGAUCCGGACCUGUACUCGGAUAAAUCGGACCGUGAGAACGAGCAGGAGCAGGAGGAGUGGGACAACGAGGUGCUGGAGAAAAGUGAGGAGAGCGACAGCGACACGUCAGAGCGACAGGACGACUCGUACCUCGACCUGGAUCCCAACGAGACGCUGCGGGAAACCUCGUACAUCGAGCAGAGCCACGAGGAGCUGGGAGAGGCAGGCGAAGAGUCCCAGACAGAAACGGUAUCAGAGGAGAAUAAAUCUCUGAUCUGGACUCUCCUGAAGCAGGUUCGGCCCGGCAUGGACCUGUCUAAAGUGGUGCUGCCCACCUUCAUCCUGGAGCCACGCUCCUUCCUGGACAAACUGUCCGAUUACUACUAUCACGCUGACUUCCUGUCCGAAGCGGCGGUGGAGGAAAACGCUUAUAACCGUCUGAAGAAAGUGGUCAAAUGGUACAUUUCUGGAUUCUACAAGAAGCCAAAGGGUUUGAAGAAACCGUACAACCCCAUUAUCGGAGAAACAUUUCGCUGUUUGUGGCUCCACACCAAGACCAACAGCAAAACCUUCUACAUCGCAGAACAGGUAUCCCAUCAUCCUCCGGUGUCAGCCUUUUACGUCAGCAACAGGAAGGAUGGCUUUUGUCUCAGCGGCAGCAUCCUGGCCAAGUCCAAGUUUUACGGAAACUCUCUGUCUGCCAUCUUGGACGGUGAAGCCAGGCUGUCGUUUCUGAACAGAGGAGAGGAUUAUGUGAUGAACAUGCCCUACGCACACUGCAAAGGGAUCCUGUACGGGACGAUGACUCUGGAGUUGGGCGGUCAGGUGUCCAUCGCCUGUGAGAAGACGGGCUACAGCGCUCUACUGGAGUUCAGACUCAAGCCGUUCCUCGGCAGCAGUGAUAUCGUGAAUCAGAUCAGUGGGAAGAUCAAGCUCGGGAAGGAGGUGCUGGCGACACUUGAGGGGCACUGGGACAGUGAAGUCUUCAUCAACGAUAAGAAGACGGGUGAGAUAGAGACGUUCUGGAACCCGACGCCGGAGCUGAGACAGAGGCGUCUGAUCCGCUGCACCGUUCCUCCUGAAGAACAGAGCGAGUUCGAGUCCGAGAGGCUGUGGCAGCAUGUGACACGAGCCAUCAAUAACAAGGACCAGACGGAGGCGACCAACGAGAAGUUCAUCCUGGAGGAGGUCCAGAGGAAAGCGGCCCGCGAGCGCAAGGCCAAGUGUGAGGAGUGGACGCCCGCUCUGUUCGAGCAGGACCCGGUCACCGGAGAGUGGCAUUACCGCUACGCCGACACUCGUCCGUGGGAUCCACUCAACGAUCUGAUUCAGUUCGAGAAAGACGGCUUUAUUCAGACCAAAGUGCGCCACAGGACGCCUAUGGUACGUUCAGCCAGUGUAGUUAGUCUCAGUACCCAGCAGGGCUCCCGGAGGGACAAUUACCUGAGCCAGGUGACGGGACCAAAGCGGAAACAUAAGAGUGACAAACCCAAAAGUCCGGAAAGUGGCUGUUCGUCCCCGGAGCCGGACCACCAGGACUCUUCAGGCAGCGAGAGGCACAAGAGCAAACACAGCAGCCGCCUCCGAAAGAAAGGAACAGAUCUGAGUGAAAUCCAAAGUGCCAUCGAGUCGAUCAGAAAAACCCAGGAAGACAUUAACAGGAGCGUCAACGCUUUGAGGAGUCGAGUGGCGAGUCAGUCGGCAUCAGAGAGUUCGUUCCUCACGCGUCGAGACGUGUCCAUCAUCCUCUUCCUCAUCUUCCUCCAGCUCCUCCUCAACUUCCUCUUUAAGUAACGGUCGGGAAUGACCGAGAAACCUCACUCCAUCCCUUCAGCACUCCAUCCUCCUGUCAGUAUCGCCUCACGGUUUUGUGUCGCUUUUUUAUGAGUGUGUGUUGCGAUCGCUACAAAGGGACGGCCAGUAUCAGGUUGAAGUGCAUCGUGGGAUGUUUUAUAAAUGACUGUUUACUUUUAUUCUUCAAAACGAGGAAAUCCCAUUAACCCUUUUAAUCAUUUAAACCAUUGCUUUAUUUAUUUUAUUAAAUUUUUUCCCAUUGAUUAGCGCCCCCUGCUGUAGCGGAGGACGUGAGUUGAAUAACAAACUAAAUAUGAUCAAAUCUAGGUCAUUUUUCCCCCUUAAAUAAGAGGGAAAUAUUAUAUAUAUAUAUAAAAUUUAUAUAUAUAUAUAUAUAUAUAUAUACAAAAAAUGUCAUAUUCUACACAUCCGGUUUCUAUUCGUUGAGUUUUUUAUGAAUUUGUGUUGCUAUUGCUGCAAAAGAAUGGAAAAUGUUGUGGAUUAAAGUGCAUUGUGGGAGGUUUUAGAAGCGACUGUUUACUUUAUUCUUCAAAACGAGGAAAUAUCAUCAGCUUCUUAACUAUUUGAACCAUUUUUUUUAAUUUAUUGUAAUAAUAUUUUACCCUCCAUCAGCGCCCCCUGCUGUAGUGGAGGACGUCAGUCGAUAAAUGAACUAAAUGGGUGAAUAUUAUAAAUUCUAGGUCAUUUUUCCCCACCAAAGAAAACCCUGUUGUACAUAUAUUAAGCAUUGUGAUAUUAUUUUAUGACAAAUGAGCAUAUUUCACCCCUUUCACCAACACAUUAUAGUAAUGAAAAUGUAAAAAAGAAAUGAAAAUGAUCCUAAAGCAGAAAAAAAUGUGAUUUAAUUUCUCGGGGACUGAAAAACAACCUGAACUUUUGUUGAUGUUGUUGUUGUUGUUUAAGAUUCACUCAUAUAAAACUUAAAAGGGUUAAACAUUGCUGAUGUUACUGGCAUUUUACGACCAUUUUAUUAAACGAAUGAAGGAUGCUUGUGAGUUGAGGUCAAAUUGUAUGUUAUUUAAAUCCGUUUCCGGGAACAAUUUCACUAGAAAUCUUAAUUUUAACAGCACAGUAUCUGGAUCCUGCAUUUCAUACCUUCCUAAAUCGCGUUCGAAGGUAAUAAUGUCUAAUUUAUUUGAACGAUACCGAAGCGUGUACAGCAUAGCGAGCGUCUCAUUUAAUAUUAAUCAGAGGAAAGCGUAGAUCUAGGCGUAGUAAACCUGUAGCAGGAAAUACUGUUGCGUAUGUUUGUAGUUCCACUGUUACAUCAGACUAGAUGUACGAUUAACAAGCCAAACAGUCUGAGAGUAGAUUAGAGUGUAAGCGUCACAUCUGUAUAUAGUAUAGAACAGAUUUCCUUUUGUACUUCUAGAGAAACGCCGUGACCCAUAGCCCACGUGUCUUUGUUCUGCAAGUGUUCGUUGGCUUGCACAGCGUCCAAUCAGAUGUUUGAAUGUGCUCACGUCGACAAUAACUACUUUAAAAACUACGUGCCUUUACAAGCGGGUCUUGCAGAGUGAUUUUGAGCCUGACUGUUGAAUUCCUACCACGGUUUGUCUUUCUUUCUCACUUCGAGUGACUGUGCCAUAUCGGUUGGUGUGUGGCUCGGUGUUUUAGAUUGGUCCCAGAGCUCAACGCUGCCAUCGAUCUGCGUGUCUUUAGCCAUGCGUCUGCCACUGAACCAGGGAUCAAACUGCUCAUGCAUCGUCUUCGUAUGCUUCUAGCACGUUUGCUUUCUUUUUAAAACGUUUUUACUCCAGGCGAUCCAUGUUUGGUUUUGUUUUUGUUUGUUUGAUUGUUUCCUGCAGCUGUCUCUAUGUACAGAUUAUACUUUAUUUGUAAUACAGAAAUAACUUCCUGUGAGUUUAUUGUCACCUGUGACAUAUCACCAAAUAAACGAAAAAAAAGACCGAA